AUGAAGUUCAUCUACGCGUCCCUCCUCUGCGCCGUGGUUUCGGCCGCCCCCGUCGCCGAGGUAAAGCGGCAGACGACCGGCGGCGCGACCGCCGAAGGCUUGUCCAAGGCCCUUCAAGCCACAACCGACUCCUUCAGGAAACUCACCGACGGCCUGGGUGGCCUCAGCGCCCUCGGCGGUGGCCUGGGGGCUUCGAAGCGCGACGAGACGCCAGCGGGAGAUGUCACCGUCCGUCUUGACCAGCCCGCCGUUGAUCUCAGCAUUGGCGAAGGGAGCGGACUGGUCGGCAAGCGCCAACAGGGUCUGGGCUCGCUUUCGGUCCUUGCUCAGACAGCGUCGCAUGCCGUGUUGAACGGCCUCGCAGGUGGCGUGCUGAAGCGGGAUGGAAAGCAAGACCCGAGCAAGCGUCAGCUGGAUACUAGUCUUCCUAACAAGGUUUUGAACGAUGUAACUAGCGGCAAGGUGAUGGAGGAUCUGCCCAAGGUGCCUAACGUGCAUAUUGAGGCCUAG